GAAGUAGAAUUCUUCCCAUAGAUCAUAGUGCAAACCACUUAUCGCAGCACACGUCAUCGCAAAUCGUCGACAGAUUUCCAUUUUUGGAACAGAAAUUUAGAAAAGCUGUAACUGUUGUAACUAGCUGUUUAGUGUUUAUAUUCUUAUUCAACAAUUUAUCCAUGACAGAGAUGUUUCCUUGAUUUAAUUUGCGAUCUGAAUAUUCACCAUGUAGGUACCUCUCCCUGUUUCUAUAAAACAAAUGCGUGCAAAGUCUCACAGCGGGAAAAAUAAACUCCGACAGCCGUAUGUUGACGAAAUAUCAAACCGCACAGGAAAGGCGCUCGCACCGGGAGCCAAAGGAGCUCGCUGCCACUGUCUGCCGGUUAUUCAUCGAAUGUUCCUAGUUGUUUGAGAUGAUUUGCAGGUGAGAAAUCACCCCAGAGCACCAGCCUUUGGCAUUCGGAUUUGUGAUGUGAAAGGGAAAAGAGCGCCCAUAAUCACAAGCUACAACCCCCAUUGGCAAUUGGUGGGAAAAUGGAAAACAAAUUCACUGCAAGGAUAACACUGCUGUGAGCAGACAAAUGCACACGAGAGAACGGAAUCGUGGUUGCCCUAUGACACACUCAGCAUGAGUUCAUUUGAGAGGCUUUGUUUUGACAUCAUUGUUGAAUCUAUUUUCUCAACAACAGCGAAUUUUCAUUUCGGCUGAAGUUGGUUUAUAUGAGGAAGGAACCCACAGCGCAAGGAAAAGGAUUCGGCGGAAAAUUCCUCUCUUGCUGGUUGCUCUCUUUCUCUGUUGGUGCUGCGGUGGAAGUUUGUCAUUCCAUGGUAUCACUUCAUGCAUACAUUCCGGCGUGGUGAGUUGAUGUGUGAACAGCUUGUUGUAUUUUCGGUAACGGUUUGAAUCCUACUGUCCAUGUGAUUUCGAAACGAUGGAAUACGGUGUUUAGUCACAUUUCACGUGAUAAGUGCUAACUAAAUAAUGGAUUGCAAUAUUAAUCGGGAUCGUGUAACUUAUAUUUAAUACAAAGAAAAGUGUUGUUAGUGCACCUGUUAUAAUUCAACAGAACGAAAUGUCCAGAAGAAAACAGGCUAAACCUCGUGCAGUAAAACACGGCGAGGACGGCGACGAAGCGAUGGUGGAAGCUCGUGAAUCUGGACUCUUGCAGAGCAGUGAUAACAGUGAGAAGGAAAAUAAUAUACCGGAAAAUGAAACCGACGAGGAAGAGGAUUGCGAUGAGCCGGACAAUGACGAUGACAUGGAGAAAAAUCGUGCUUUUGACCAUUUGUCAAUGGGUUCCAACGACUACGAUGAUGACGAUCUGACUUCGGGGAGCUUUUGCUCGGAGCUCUACUCUUCGCAUACAUCGUCAAGUUUUUCACCCUCCAUAUCAGAUGGCAUGACGACGCCCAACUCGAUCACCAACGACGGUGAAGCUGGAGUUUUCCUACCAAACGGGGAUCCUACCGGUGCUACCAGCGCUGAUGCUUCUGGAGACAAAUUCCGCUCGGAGCGACGCAAUCGGAUUGACAAUAACAACAAAAUAAUUAAAAACAACAAUCACACUAAUAGUCACAGCAAGAAUAAUGAUGGCACUUAUCGGUGUCAGUUUUGUGAUAAAACGUUUCCACGCCUUGGCUAUCUAAAGAAGCACGAACAGAGCCAUACCGAACAUAUGCCGUUCAAGUGCGAAUAUUGUGCUCGUUUGUUCAAACACAAGAGGUCAAGAGAUCGUCAUACCAAGCUGCAUACGGGAGAUCGGCGAUACCGGUGUCCUCAUUGUGAAGCGGCAUUUUCUAGAAGUGAUCAUUUGAAAAUUCAUAUGAAAACUCACGACAACCAGAAGCCAUUUCAGUGCACAAUUUGUAAUCGAGGCUACAACACUGCAGCUGCUCUAACAAGUCACAUGCAGAACCACAAAAAGCAAAUAGCUUUAACAGGAAGUCCAAAUCUAACGUACAGCCCACGGUCGACUAGCUCUUUGUCGAGUAGUGCUUCCAACCCAAAACGGAAAUUUUCUCCCUACGAACAGAAUUUAAUGAUGGUUAACCGAUCCAAAUUGCUAAAGUCCGGAGAGUUAACCUGUAUGUAUUGUACUCAAAAUGACUUUUCAAAUAUCGAACAACUGGGUGCCCAUGUUCAGACUAUGCACAGCAAUAUACUGCUGAAUGAAAACAACUUCCAUCGACAUAGUUCACCUGAUUCAAUUAUACCGUUUUCACCAGUGUCCUGUGAGUUUUGUACAAUGAAAUUUCCUACAGUUCCACUUAUGCUAAAUCACCUAAAAACAAGUCAUUUAGACAAAAUAAAUAACACUAGUAACUACCUAGAACAGCUUAAUAAAAAUCUCAUGAGCACCUAUACUUCAUUCUACGGGGCAAAGUUGUUUGAAAAAGAGGAGCAAUCCGAAGUAAAAAGUGAACGAUCAUCAAGCGAAAAAAGUAUUAAAGAUGAAAAUGGGAAUGAUGAAACACCCAUCGCAGUGGAAACAAAAUCCAUCAAACAGGAGAAAAGAGAUGAAAAUGAUAACUCACAAGACGCUCUUGAACAACUUGCCCCAACAGACUUAAGCCAGCCACGGUUAAAGAAGCUAAAAUCGGAAAACGAGAACCAUUCGGCCCCAAACCAGAAUUCCGGAAAAAAUCAGGAACACAGCUCAAAUUUCGUACCGGGUUCAGUAUUGCCAAAUCCACCGGGAGCUUACCUUUGCAAUCAAUGUAGUGCAGCGCUACCCGAUUUUGAAUCUUUUCGCACCCAUCUCAAAGCACAUCUCGAACAAGGUGCAGCAACAUCGUCAUUCGUUUGUCAGCAAUGUGGUAUCACAUUGGGAGACCAGCAAGAUUACGAAAAGCACGUGACUGGACACUAUAUCGUUACCAGCACUGAGUAUGUUUGCGAUCCAAACUGUUCCAAAGCAUUCUCGAAAACCGAAGAAUUGCAUAAGCAUUUAUACGAUUCCCAUACUCAAGUGAUAUACAAAUGCGUUCUUUGCAAAGAAACUUUCGAUAGUAAAGUUACCAUUCAGGUUCACUUCGCCGUCGCACACUCCAAUGAAGUGAAGCUCUACAGAUGUUCAGCUUGCGCGGAAGUAUUUCGUUCGGAGCGAGAAUUCAGGAGUCACAUUCGUUCAAGACAUAUUACCCCUGGUGCUGUACAAUGCGUGUUUUGUCGAGUAGUGUGUUCAUCAGAACUAGAAAUGCAGUUUCAUUUAGCUGCACAUGCCAGAAAGUUUAAGUGUCCCGCAUGUCCAGAAUCGUUUCACGUUGAAUUUUUACUAGACAGGCACAUGCAAACCCAUCACAGCCAGAAAGAAAUUUCCAACGCAGCAGCAUUAACACCGAGUCCGGUACAUGGCACUGUCAACACCAAUAAUCUUGACUACUUACAGUUACAAGGACAAAUGGCUGCGGCAGCAGCUGGCUGGCAAAACUUGUAUGCAGCAAAUAAAUUGUAUAAUCCUUUGCAUGUUGAUACUCUGAAUCCUAUGAAAAAUCCUAGUUUUCUGCACGGAUUCUACGACAGUAUAAGCAAAUCACACGCGCAACGAUAUCUAGAACAAUCUAAAAAAGGGUUUGUAAGCCCAAAUAAUGCACAACCAUCCAAAGCUCUGCUGAACCUGUAUAAUCAACGAUCAGCGUCAAUCAAUGGGUUAUAUUCACCAGAUCACAAUGCACCCAAUACAGGUGGAAGUUCACAGUCAACUUCAUCGUCCAAUUCAACUGGAGUAACAAAGACACCUGCAAUCUAUUCUCCAACAACCUUAUUGCAUAGAUAUGGUACAAAUGCUUCCGGCGUGGCACCCGCAGCGACUAACUCCGAUGGAUCAACUGCUGGACCCGACAAGCAACUUGUUUCCAAUUCUAGUAUGAACAGUGGUUCUAGCAACUACUACAGUUGUGGCAUCUGUGAGAGGAACGACUUCGGAACCGAGAACGAAGCGCAAACCCAUAGGAAAAUUGUGCACAAUCUUAAAACGGGAGUCAGCUUGAGGUGUGCCUACUGUAGCGGAGAUUUUCGUUCGAGAAACGAACUGGAAAACCAUAUGAAAAUCACCCACAACACCGGCGGAAAACAUAAAUGUUUGAUAUGCGAUGAAAUUUUCCCAUCGCCAGCAGUGUUAGCAGAACAUAAACUUACUCAUUGCAAAGUCGGUGCUUCAGGACGCUGUUCACACUGUUCAGCAGCUUUACCAGACGCUCACAGUUUCAAAAUACAUCUUACGCAGCAUCAUCAAACUGCGGCAACCGGAUCUACUAACUCGAAUAAUACGUCCAACAGUAACAUCAACGCUGGAUCUAGCCAAGAACAAGAUCGGUUCCCCAUUCAAUGUAUAUGCUGUCGGCAAACUCUCAAUUCAGAAUUUGAGAUUAGUUUACAUGCAAAAUUCCACACAAAAUCCAACGAAACAAAUGAAAGGACAUGUGCACUUUGCCUGGAGUCUUUGAGUUCGAGUCAAGAUACGAAAAUCUGCGAGUCUUGUAUUAAGCGACAUAAUUUUCCAUCUAAGAUGCUGUCAAUCAAUAACUUUAUCAAACCGUCUUUACCUCCCACGCCAUCCGUAACUCAAACUCAAGACGACAUAUCUAGUCAUCAACAGCAUGUCCAACAAAGCCAGAUUAAAAGCACAUUUAAAUGUAAUCUAUGUAGGAAACACAUUUCAAAUGCUCAAAAGCUGCAAGAACAUUUAAUUGAUCACACGUUCGCCGGGUGUGAGGAUCGCGGUUACAUAUGCUACCUGUGUUCUUCUGUAUUUACUUCGUCCGCCGGACUUCAAAACCACAUUGCUGAUCAUGGGCCGCAGGCAAAACCAUACGACUGUAAUCACUGUGAUGAAGCUUUCUACUUUCGAGCUGAGCUAGAACAUCACCUCAUCGAUCAUGAACUUGGUAAGGUACAUUUAGUUACUAAGACUUCGAGUGAUUUAGCUGUUACUCAAGAUAUAAAAUCCGAAAUUAUUGAAUCGGCUUCAAAAGCUGACGAAGAAACUCAUUCAGAAAAUGCGCCGGAAACGAAUGUUUUCAAAGAUCCAGAAGAAAAUCUCGAUAUCAAUGAAAAGCUCGAAGAGGCUGAAGAAGACGAUGAGUACAUUGAAGUUGAGCAUAAUGUCGAGGAAAGUAAGAAAAACGAAAAUGGAUCAAAUCACAGCGAAAACGAAGAAAAUUCUAACGACUGCUCAGAAUGAAUUCGUUUAGUGAAUAUUUCCUUUGUCUUAUAAAGACCAGAUGUAAAAAAUGAAAUCAGUGUAGAUCAGACUAUGAUGAAUUCGUACUGGGACGAAGUUGGAUCAGACAUUAAUUCCUACAUUUUUAGUAUAUUGUAUUAAACUGGCAGCUGUUUAUUACUCUGCUCGCCAAAUAUUCCAAUAGCCUAUUUUACUAAUAGGUCUUUCGGUUUCAAUUACAAACAUUAAAUUUCUCAUGCUUCAAUCCAUCUUAUUUCACAAACGAGGUAGAAAAUUUACUCAGCGUUCCACGUACAUAUUAUUCUAAUACGCUUCUAAUACGCGAGAGCUGACAGGGCCAAAUUUCCAUUGAACUUUCUGUAAUUGGGUGUUUUCACCCAGAGGGCACUCAACCCAGCCACCAUUUGAGACGAACGGCCUGUCAGCAUGAGUAGUGUGUGGAUGACUGGGAAUGAAACUUGGUUGGGUCGCUCACGAAUAGAGCUCUCGGACUCUGUCGGUUCUCACAUCGAGGAACUGAAACGACCGCCGCAGUCAUUCAUUUUCGGCAGAAAAACAGGCACUGAAACUGAUACUUGGCAGCCCUGAAUUUGAUGCUGUUUGAGCAAAACUUUGAGAAACUGUGUUGUUGAAAUGGCAAAACAUGGAAAACAGCAUCAAAUUGGGCAUUAGGAAUCAUAGACCCACGCUGUUUGCACCGUUUUAUUGCAGAAACGCAGAAUCUCACCAUACCAAAAAUUCAGCUUAUUACUACAAAUCUAAUGCACCCGAACCUUUAUU